GGGAUAAGAAUCUCAAAAAAUCAAUUCGAAACGCGUAUCCCACACAGUGAUAAAAAAAUCUUUUGAUUCACAGAUCUUUCCAGACAAACUACUGAGUGACAUACGUUGUAUAAAAGCUUUAACUAAAUUUGAUCGACUUCAAAAUUUCAGCCUUCAACAAUUCUAACACGACAUUUUCUACAAUUCUUCCAAAACUCUGAGGCAAGCGUCCAUUAUGAAUACAUCUCUCAAGAAAUCCUCCUCAGAUCACAAAAUGGAAGCUGAAGAGAGAAAUUCAAAAAUCUCUAUUGCUACGGAUGAUGUUGAUAAAGCUUCACCAAACACCAUUCAGCUCUUUCUCCAAAAAGCCCUACAAAGCCCUCUGAAUACAGGAGAAAUUCCAGCCAGCCUCUUUUCACCAAUCUCAGAUAUCAAUCAAAUUGUUAUUCCACACAAUAGCCCGGUCCCAUGGCCAACUCUCAAAUCAAAUGGUAGAAACAAUAUACUUCUCUAUCCAGGCUCUUUUAACCCACCCCACCAAGGCCACUUGGCCACGAUCCGCUACUUUUCAGAGCGUCGCGAGCAACUCGGUAUCACCACUAUGUUUCUCUUCGUGGAUCCUGGCUCGAUGGUCAAGAGCAAGAAAAAGAAAUGGGGUGACAUUAUACUUCCACAAAACCUCCGCUACGAACUUUUCUACAAAGUCCCAGAAAUUUCUCAACUCGUUGAAUCUGGAUGGAUUCAACUACUGGUGGGAGACAUGGAUAAUCACAUUAAAGUCUUACGGACUACAACCGAUUUGAUUUCAGAAGCUGGAUAUGCCGUUAAGUUGGUAGGACUUUUGGGCGGGGAUAAGUUGACGGUAGAAACCGCGCCACAUCUACAUCCGGGAAAUUUGCAAGAAUGGGGUCCGGUUGAUGAAUUUCUUAUAACUAAUGCAAGGAGACCGGUUGACUUCUUCGAUCCGAAGACAGAGAACGUUCCAAGAGAUCUACCAGGCUGUACAAAAUGGAAGAGAGGUAUGGAUAAGUGUGAUGAUAAAGAGGAGAAUAUCGACAACGAGGCCGGUUUUUUGUGGAAAUGUCAGGCCUUGACUGUUCCUGGAAAGCCGAUCAUACAAUUUCGUGCCUCGCAGAACAGUGCAUCAAAUGGUGUUAGUUCAACUAAAAUUCGACAGAUCAUGACUGAGGCGCUUGAUCAAGAGCUCAUGGAGGGACUAAAGGAUAAAGUCAUUAGUGUUGAGUUUCUGGUAGAGUGGCUUAUCAUUCAACGCAACAAGAACCGCGAGUCAUCCGAUGACAAAGCGUUCCUUUAAUCUUGUUGCCAGAGCGGAGGAUAGUUCGACUACACCAGGUUUCAACUCGUGAUAUUCUCACAUUUGUUCAUAUUCCAUCAAACAUGGUCUUAGUCCAUGGAGAUAGCACAUUAAUGCAACUAUAUCAAGCA